AUGAAAAGCCAACAAAGGAAAUUCCAACAACAAAAAUUUGGAAAAUUGGGAAUGCCACGUGACAAAAACAUUUACAACCUGGACAAAACCAAAAUUCCAAUUCUGGGCGACUCUGAACAGUUCUUGGUAUGGCACUUUGUUGGAUUUGUUUUGUAUCAGGUGUUUCAUCAUUUCAUUGCAAUAUCGAUGUCUGGAUUUUACGAUGAUUUCUUACCUCUUUUAGUUGUUGGAGAAGCAAUUCAAGCAUAUCUUGUCCUUCUCUACCAUUGGAACACGAAAGUCACAUACCAUCAAAAUUCGUCGGAACAGUUAUUCAACUUGUUUUUUUGGACAUUCAAACUUCAAUAUUUCUUCGUUUACAUCUUUCUUUUUCGCUCAUUUCUGUUUGUGCUUGUGCCAGUUAUUUCUUCUCUCUUCUCGUCUGUAGACUUAAACGACGAGGCUCAUUUAACUUAUGAGAAAAAUCAUUUUAUUUUCUGGAAUUUCACUUAUCAAGACUGUAGACGGUUCGUUUCGAAAAUCCAUCAAUUUAACAUGUUAACCCAGGUUUUCGUGCUUUUGUUGGAUUUAGCUUCAUUGGUGAAUACCGAACAAGAUAAGAAUCACAAACUCAAAGGCGACACUCUUAAAUGUUCAUUUGCUUUCUUCACAUUUUUCAUAAUGGUUGCUUACCAGCUGAUUGUUUCCAUUAGGAUUGCGUCAACAUAUAUUUCUCACAAGCAUCACAUUUGCUGGGUUCGAUGGGAAAUGGCUCAACUCCUAUUAUCAGUCAUGUGGCUAUUCAAUCCAUUUUAUACGAGCUGUCCAGAGGAAUACUUUUUACCAGGGAUAAUUGCAAAAUAUACUUUCAACUACCAAUACGUUGCUUUCUCCAUUUUCCUGUUCACAAGUAUGAUUAAUUGUUAUGUGUACUUCAAAAUGAGCCAAAUUGCGAAAUACAAGAAAAGAUUGCGAAAUGUUAUCUUUUACCAACAAUCUGUGAAAUACGGAGGGAUUAGUUACAAGACUUGGGUGUGUUUUCUUUUUGUUCUUCUACUCAUUCCCUUGUUGCCAGUUCCAAUCGCUUGGUAUUUGGAUGAAUUGGAGUAUGAUCGCUAUCUCACAUUCAAGGAUUUAUGGGAUGAUGAUAAUUUCAAAAUGGAAUUCCGUAUUGUUUUUCUAUUGUGGUGUUUCAUGUGCUCUAACCAUGUCACUCAUAAUUUUUUUGGCUCUUGUUUUAACCCUUUUGCUAUUGUCGAUUGA